AUGGCGACGGAUGAUUUCAUCAGUAACCUUCCCGACGAAGUUUUGGCUAGGAUUAUAUCAGGCUUACCAGCCAUUGAAGCAAUAAGAACAACUAUUUUAUCAAAACGAUUGAAGGAUGUAUGGAGGAAUGUUUUCCGUUUAGAUUUCGAUCCAAAAGGAGUGAAGAAAUUAUCACCAAGAAAACAGGCUGUUCCUGCUCCAAAUCAACGCAGAUCUACGGUUCCAGUAAUACAAUUUGGAUCCAAUGUUUGCCAUGACGAUGGUGAUGAUUUUGAUGAUACUGAUAAGAGGGAAGAGAUUGCCCGAGUUGUUAAGAAUAUCGAUAAUGUAUUGUUAUCUCAUGAACGUAACUUGAUUAGUUGCAGAAUCGUUCAUCUCUCCAAUAGUUACAGAAACGGUGAUCUUGAGAAGUGGAUUAAAUAUCUUACAUCCGAGAAGGAAGUGCAAGAAUUGGCUUUCCUUUGCGAUGAUUAUCAACAUGAGUUUCAUCCAAAAAGCCUAUUCGGAUUGGGUCUGAAUUUACCGUCUGGGAUUUUUUCAUGUAGAACUCUGCAAUCACUUGAGUUCACAAAUUACGAUAUCAGAUUCCAUCGCCCUUUUCACCAUUGCCAUAACCUCAAAACCUUGAAACUCUAUCACUGUGAUAUUAGCACUGAAACCCUUGAAGCAAUCGUUUCUAGCUGUGGUUUUAUGGAACAUUUGAGCGUUUGUUCUUCCACCUCCAGUUUAAAACAGGUUCGGAUCUUUAGCCAAACGGUUAAGACUGUGGAGCUGGAAUCAUUGGAUUUGGAGGGGAUUUAUUUAUCUACCCAAUCUCUUGGUGCUUUGGUUCUUCAUUCUAUGAAAUUUCCAGCCAAAAGUAUGGUUAUCCAUGCUCCAAAUCUUAGGGUUUUUACUGCCACUCGCAAGCCCAUAACUAAAAAUCCAUACAAUUUCACCCGUCCUUCAAAACAGACCAAGAUUGCUGAAAUUCUAGAGUAUUGCACUCAUCUCUUGACACCUGUAAAUUAUAAAGCUAAUGAUCCAAUGGAAGACCCAAAUCUGUUUAAGAAUUUGAGGGAGCUAACCAUUGAUUUAGACUUGAACGAUAGAAGGGAAAUGUUGAUCCUCUGUAUCGUUCUACAACGCUGCCUUAGUCUACACCAACUUGAAAUCAACAUAAAGGAAAGCAGAAGUGAAAUAGAGGAAGCAACAAGGAAUUACAGUAGUGUAAACAACCGACUGCCAUAUCCAGAGACAAAGCUAUGGGAGCAAAGGGAGCUGUGCGAUUGUAUUACAUUCACACUAAGACAUGUAUCCAUUAAGGGAUUCAACGGGAAAGAUGGGGAAAUGGAAUUCCCAAGGCAUCUGAUUACGAAAUGUGCCAAGUUGGAGAGAUUAGAGAUUUGGUGCAACCAUGACUGGUCCAGUGAAGGAGGUAAGGCAACUCUUGGUUUACUUUCACUGCCUAGAUCCUCCAUUGAUGUCUCCAUUCUUCUUAAACCGCCACCCAAUUUGUUGGUAGUUUUGGAAGAUGGGUCUCAACCCUAG